ACAGAUGAGAGAACAGGAGGGAGGGGGAGUGGGAGGUACCCUCACGCGGCUCAUUCUCUGUGUGCUUUUUCACCAAAAAGACUGAACUGGGGCUGAAACUGAAACAGGGCAAGACUCGUAAAAGGAGUGCAGUCUCUUGCUCUCCUUCAUUCUCACAGUUUCCUGUUUAAGGAGGCCAUUUUGUAACUCAGCCUGAAGGAAAGGCACAACAAAGUUUGGCAUUAUUUUUGUUUCUCUUCUCUCCCACACCCGGGAGUUUCACAAUCAAGUUUGGACUUUCUCCCCUGCAGAGCAGCUACUUUGGACGAGUGAGAGGUGAAGGAGGGAAGACGGUGGAUGAGACCCUCACACACACUGCUCAUGCCUGUCAUGCAAGGACUAUAACAGGAGUUGUAUAACAAGAGCGCUCGGAAGAAGUGUCAGAAAGGAAAAAAAACAACUUCCUGGAUAAGGGUUUCCUCCUUGAUCCACUAGAAGGGAGCGGACACAGGACGCAGAGGAACCGGGACUCUGCUCUGUGUAUGUGUGUGUGUGUGUGUGUGUGUAUGUGCAUGUGUAUGUGUGUGUGUGUCCAUGUGUCAGCGUGUGCACCCCUCUCAUCCACGGAGACAGUUUCAAAUGAGUGAGAGUUUCCUGGGAACUGUACACUGUACCUGGGCGUGUGUUUGUAUGUAGAGCGCUUCAGGCAUUGACACAGGAUGGCUAACGCUAGCCCUUGUAUGUCCUCCGGGGCCAUGGCCCAGGUCUUCUUUCCUCCUGGGGGCUCCUCACCUCCAGGGUCUGCGUUGAUGCAGCCAGGGACCCCCAUAUCCAUGCCCUCUUUGCCCGUUCAGGGGGGGUUUCCUAUGAUGGACCUGACAACAGUGCAGAUUCCUGGGGGGGCUGUGAUACCCCCUCUUCCUCCCACUCUUGCAGGGGUCUCCUUCAUCAUCCAGAUCGGCCUGACCAGAGAAUCUGUCCUGAUGCCCCAUAGCUCUGACCUGGCCUAUGUGAAACAGAUUGCCUGCUCCAUUGUUGACACCAAGUUCCCGGAGUGCGGCUUCUAUGGCAUUUAUGACAAGAUUCUGCUGUUCAAGCAUGACACGACCACCAACAACAUCCUGCAGCUGGUUAAAGGUGCCUGUGACAUUCAGGAGGGAGAUCUGGUGGAGGUGGUGCUAUCGGCGGCAGCCACGUUUGAAGAUUUCCAGAUUCGGCCCCAUGCACUUAAUGUUCACUCCUACCGGGCCCCGGCCUUCUGUGAUCACUGUGGAGAGAUGCUGUUUGGACUGGUCAGACAAGGACUCAAGUGUGACGGAUGUGGACUAAACUACCACAAACGCUGUGCAUUCAGCAUCCCAAACAACUGCAGCGGUGCGCGUAAACGGCGUCUUUCCACCACCUCCCUGAGCAGCAGCCAGUCCCUGCGCCUCUCCACCACUGACUCAGUGUACAGUGCAGGGACAGCCUCCACCUGCGCAGAGGAAACAAGCCUCAUCCGCUCACACACACAGAUGCCACGGACCGCUAGUGAUGCCCGGCGCUUUUACACGGGCCGACCUGUCCAUCUGGAUAAGAUCCUGAUGAGCAAGGUGAAGGUGCCCCACACGUUUGCUAUCCACUCGUACACGCGACCGACGGUGUGCCAGUACUGCAAGAGACUCCUGCGAGGGCUGUUCAGGCAGGGCCUACAGUGCAAAGACUGCAAGUUUAACUGCCAUAAACGCUGUGUAUACAAGGUUCCCAAUGACUGCCUUGGGGAGACCAUUGGAGACAUGCUGAGUCCCAGCACCGACCCUGAGGUGCCGAUGGACUACAGCAGUGAGUACGACGCCUCAGACAAGUCUUCAAUAGAUGACUCGGACGAGGCGUGCAGCAUCCCUGGCUCCUUCUCUCCGGACAACAACCAGGACGGACACAGUGGAGACCAAAGUGUUUACAUCCCGUUAAUGAGGGUGGUGCAGUCUGUGAGACAGACAACCCGUCGAUCCAGUACGUCUAUCAAGGAAGGGUGGAUGGUUCACUACAGCAAUAAGGACACACUGAGAAAGAGGCACUACUGGCGUCUGGACUGUAAGUGCAUCACCCUUUUCCAGAACAACACAACCAACAAAUACUACAAGGAGAUCCCUCUGUCUGAGAUCCUGGAGGUGCGUCCUGCUGGAAACUUCUCACUUGUCCCUCCAGGCACAAAUCCUCACUGCUUUGAGCUUAUCACAGGCACUAUGUGCUACUUUGGAGGGGAAGACCCCAACUCACUCCCACCGCCAUGCCUCAGCCACCCCCAGACUCUCCCCCCGACCCCUCCCUCCCCCAGCCAAGUAGCUCCCAACAGUGGCAUUGGGCGAGAGGUGGCCAAGGCGUGGGAGGGCGCCAUUCGCCAGGCACUCAUGCCCGUCAUCUUCCAAGACGCCCCGCCAGCUGAGGGGAACACAACUCACAGACAAGCUUCAGUCAGCAUAUCUGUGUCCAACAGUCAAAUCCAAGAGAAUGUGGAUAUUGGUACCGUGUACCAGAUUUUUGCUGAUGAAGUUCUGGGAUCUGGGCAAUUUGGAGUUGUGUAUGGAGGUAAGCACAGGAAGACAGGGAGGGACGUGGCUGUCAAAGUCAUUGACAAGCUUCGCUUUCCCACCAAGCAGGAGAGCCAGCUGAGGAACGAGGUGGCCAUACUGCAGAGUUUACGUCACCUGGGCAUUGUGAACCUGGAGAGUAUGUUUGAGACCUCAGAGAAAGUGUUUGUGGUGAUGGAGAAGCUGCAUGGUGACAUGCUCGAGAUGAUCCUCUCCAGUGAGAAAGGCAGAUUGCCCGAGAGGCUCACUAAGUUCCUCAUCACCCAGAUUCUGGCGGCUCUGAGACAUCUACACUUUAAGAACAUCGUUCACUGUGAUCUGAAACCUGAAAAUGUGCUGCUUGCCUCAGCUGACCCCUUCCCCCAGGUGAAGUUGUGUGACUUUGGUUUUGCCCGAAUCAUCGGCGAGAAGUCUUUCCGCCGCUCGGUGGUCGGCACCCCGGCCUAUCUGGCCCCGGAGGUUCUCCUGAACCAGGGCUACAACCGCUCCCUGGACAUGUGGUCGGUCGGCGUCAUUAUGUAUGUCAGUCUGAGUGGCACGUUCCCCUUUAAUGAGGACGAAGAUAUCAACGACCAGAUUCACAACGCAGCCUUCAUGUACCCUCCCAACCCCUGGAAACAGAUCUCCAGUGAUGCAACCGACCUGAUCAACAACCUGCUGCAAGUUAAGAUGAGGAAACGCUACAGCGUGGACAAGAGUCUCAGCCAUGUUUACCUACAGGACUAUCAGGCGUGGUUGGACCUGCGGGAGCUCGAGACCAAACUCGGUGGGCGUUACAUCACCCAUGAGAGUGAUGACACCCGCUGGCAAAUGUUUGCCCGUGAACACACUCUGCCUUACCCUUCUCACCUCGUCCCUCCUGCUGGGGCGGGCUCUGACGAAGAGGACGGGGGGGAGGAUGCAGAUAUGCAAGGCCUCACUGAGAGGGUCAGCAUCCUCUGACCAGAGAGGCACAGAGGACUCGAGAUUAUUAAGGAAGGAGGAAAGAACUAGAGAGAGGAUUGUGAUGGUCGACUUAAAGCCUGAAAAACAUGGGUCUAAAAAGUGUCCAGCUGUUAAGACUUUACAGCAAUUUUAUCUUUCACCUCUGCCACUUUUGACCCUCUUUAUCUUUUGAAUCGUUGAACUCUUUACAUGCUGAGGACUGCUCGUCUCUAUCUUACAUCCUCUGUGCGGCUGAGCUGGCAGUUUUUACAGACUACAUUAGAGUCAACUUUAAAUCAGAAUGUCUCACACGAAUGACGCGUGUCACGUUCUUUUCCUAUCACUGCAAAAUGCUUCACCAGUUUGGAAAUGCCACCUCACCACAAGCGAUAAAGAGUGUUUUUGUUGAGGUGUGUGUUCGAUCUAAACUAUGGAGUGAAUAUUAAAAAUGAAACUGUCUCCCUUUUUAAAAGAAAAGUUUGCUUUUGCUGUCAUUUAAUUGGACUGACUGGAAUUACCGUCGCCAUUAUGUAUUCGGUAAAGAUUGGUUUUAAUUUCUCUUCGGUGCUUUACAGAGACAAAGGUCUUCCUCUGGGCUGGAAAUUACUAAUGUGCAGGCAUGGAGGCAAACCCAUUUACAUUCACAAAUGCAUCCCCAUAAGUGCAUGCCCUGUAGUUAAAACGGGAGGUAUUGAUUCGGUGACAGAAAACCCUGUGCAAUUACCACUAGUUUUGAGCCACAAUAGACUCUUGGGAAACACAUGUGAAUAAAGAUGUCUGUGCGGGUUUAAAUGAACUCCAGCUUUGAGCUGUUCAUAAGCUGAUUUUCUUUCCCCACCCACACCCAUCUCUAAAGUCAAACAGUUGUGUAUUUGCAUCAAAUGCUGCCAAUGUAAGCACAUGUUUUACACCUGAGCAGGUCAAUGGAGACUUGUUUUGAACAACACAGCUCCUUGUUUACUGUUGUGAAGAAGAAUAGACGUCUUUCUCUCUCGAUGUGGUUAGUGCUUUGGCAGACAGCUUGGGUUACGAAACUAGGUUCUGGAGAGUGAAUGUAGUUUGAUUAUUGACAACCUGUCAAGUCGAUAUGUUGCAUGUUUCUGUGAAGUAGUAGAAUGAUCUAGAUACAAUAUAAAACAUACUGUAGUUAUGAUGGUCUAUUAUACACGUGUAACCUAUGUAGUUGUUGAAUAUGCGUAGACUGUGUAUGACUUGUUUGAAGGAUAAUCCUAGCCUUGGUAACAGAAAAUACAAAUGUUGAACAAUA